AUGGCAGAUUCAUGUCAUUGGGAUGUCCUCACCAGUUUGAUGGAUGAUGAGAAUGAACCUUCAUUUCUUCCAGGACAGUCCAUCACUUUGCUCCAUCUUCCGUUUGAGAUAUUGGAGCAGGUUUAUAUGCACACUCUCUUUGUUGACAGGCUAUAUACCACCAUCGCGCUUCAUCCAGGCAAACUAUGGAACCGACAGCCCCCUCACCCUCUGGAGAUUUUUUCAACGGCUCAACAACUCUCAUCUACGCUCACUCAUACGCGCCACGGUAAAAUAUUCUACAGUCUACUCGCACGGCAGCAGCACUUGCAAGGAGUACAAACGCUCAUCAUUUGUGAUAUGCCACCUAUAUCUGUAGCAAGUACUUCCCGAGGACCAUACAUCCACAGGAUCAUGCGCGAGAUUCUCUCAGGCGCAAAGAGAGUCUCGCGCUUGUCUUUCUGGUCUCGCGUUCAUCCUCCACCUGACGAGAUCUUGACUGUAGACGUCAGGGGCCUCCAAUGGCCUAAUAACCUCUCUUCACUGUAUAUUCACAGGAUGCCAGACAAUAUCGCUGAUCUGCGACCGCUCCUGGCGAGGCUCAAACGUCUCGAGGUUGCUUUUUGGAAUCUCACUGCUCUCACAAACCUGAAAAUAGGGUUGAAUACGGAUCUAAUUCGUCACUUGGAGUGCAGAUGGUGGCUAGGAGAAGAUUUGGAGCGAUCGCACGUGUUCUUACUGCCUAGAGUCGAGGCGUUCACCAUUCCCUUUUCAAAUCUCGAGUCUUUGACCAUUGGUAUUGCGUAUGAUUGCUGGUUAGAUGGCGGCGAUGUCCUGAAUUGCUAUGUGAGCAUUGUCCGGAACCUCACUCGACUUCGAGAUUUGCACAUUCGUGGAUUCCACCACAAUGAACGAUGGGGCCUUGCAACGAGACGCAAGGUGCUUACAGAGCUAGUGUCAGCACGUCCAACCCUUCAAAGCAUUACCCUUUGGGAAUGCCCUAAAAACUAUGGAGUACCACCGGAGGAAAAGUCGCCAUUAGAUGGAAAGGACGCACGGACGUUUACAGCCCCCUGGGGUAUCGUAUAG